GUUUCCAAUUAACUGCCGCAGUGUAUUUCCUCCUAAUCGUAUCCGUUACACUCUUUACUUCUUGGACUGUGAGAUACACUGAGCCCCUGCGUGAGCGGACGUGCAAGUCCAGAACAUGGAGACGUCAAACGAUCGGGCCCAAUUGCCAAGAAAUAUGAUUGAAAAUAGUAUGUUUGAAGAAGAACCUGAUGUGGUGGACUUGGCUAAAGAGCCCACUAUGAAUCCAUUAGAGUCAGAGGAAACGGAGUAUGAACCAAGAAGCUCAAGAUUACUGGUUCGCGGACUGGGCGAACAAGAAUUGGAUGAGGAAGAAGAGGAUUAUGAAUCCUCUGCAAAACUGCUAGGCAUGUCAUUCAUGAACAGAAGCUCAGGUCUUCGCAAUAGUGCUGCAAACUACAGGCAGGUUCAAGAUGGAUUUUGUCCAGUGCCUUCGGCAAGGACAGUUAUUGUGUGUGUAGUUGUUGUCAUAAUUGCAGUCUCUGUAGUUACUGUGGUUUAUCUCCUUCCGAAGUGUACCUUUACCAAAGAUGGAUGCCAUGAAAAAAAGCACCCAUUGGAACUAGUUUAUCCCAUUGCUACAAAUAAAAAAGUUUUCCCAUGGGCAAAAAGUCGACUUCCUGAUUCCAUAAAACCUGUACAUUAUACUCUCACCAUGCAUCCAAACAUGACAACCUUGUCUUUCACUGGCACUGUUCAGAUAAAGCUGAAUAUCACAACAAGCUCCAAGAAUAUUGUGCUACAUAGCUCAGGGCUUCACAUCAUAAAGGCAAGUAUCUUGGUAAAUGGGGGAACAACUAUGGAUGCUGAAGUUCUGGAAUAUCCGCCAUUUGAGGAGAUUGCUAUUAUUUCACCAGAAUCAUUGCUGAAAGGAAAGGAGUGCUUGCUUACAAUUCAAUAUGCAGCUAACUUUUCAAGCACCUAUUAUGGAUUUUACAAAAUUGAUUACAUGGAUAAAAGCAACAAGAGAUCACUUGCUGCCACUCAGUUUGAGCCACUUGCUGCAAGAAAAGCAUUUCCGUGCUUUGAUGAACCCGCUUUCAAAUCCACAUUCCAGAUCAACAUCAUAAGAAAUGAUGAAAGUAUGAUUUCUCUUUCAAACAUGCCAAAGGCAAAAACAAGCAAAACCAGUGAUGGACUGCUUCAAGAUGAAUAUUCAACCAGUGUGAGAAUGAGCACUUACCUAGUUGCUUUUAUAGUAGGCGACAUAAAGAAUACUACUCAAAAAACAAAUGACACUCUGGUUUCUGUCUAUGCUGUACCAGACAAAACAGAUCAAGUCAAGUAUGCUUUGGAUUCUACAGUGAAGCUUUUGGAUUUUUAUUCAAAUUAUUAUGGAAUUGAAUACCCACUUGAAAAAUUAGAUCUGGUGGCUAUUCCUGACUUUCAAGCAGGGGCAAUGGAAAACUGGGGAUUGAUCACAUUUCGGGAGACUACCCUGCUGUACAAAGAAAACUCUUCUUCUAUUGAGGAUAAGCAGUCCAUAACCACGGUGAUUGCCCAUGAACUGGCUCAUCAGUGGUUUGGAAAUCUAGUAACCAUGGAAUGGUGGAAUGACUUGUGGCUGAACGAAGGUUUUGCAACAUAUAUGGAAUAUUUCUCUGUGAGCUCUGUCUUCCCAGAACUGAAUUCAGACAAUAGCUUCUUGAAAAUGCGCUUCAUGGCCCUACAGAAGGACUCCUUAAAUUCUUCCCAUCCGAUAUCUACAGAUGUUCGAUCUCCAGAGCAGAUUGAGGAAAUGUUUGAUGAUUUGUCUUAUAUUAAGGGCGCGUCCAUUUUAUUAAUGCUUAAAUCGUUGCUGCUAGAGGAUGUGUUCCAUCUCUGCAUCAGAGGUUAUUUGAAAAGCCAUGAGUAUGGAUCUACAACCAGUGAUAGUUUAUGGGACAGCUUGAACGUGGUCACCGGUGGAAAUCCAAAUGUGAAAAACAUGAUGAAGACAUGGACUCAGAAGGCUGGUUAUCCUCUAGUGACAGCUCUGAGGAAAGGCGAAGAGAUCACAGUCCGGCAGGAACGGUUUCUUCGUUCUUCUGACCAUGCUACAAAUGACAGUACUGUGUGGCAUAUUCCACUGACUUAUGUAACCGGAAAGUGUGAUGCUGUUGAACCUGAUUGUGAAAAAAUCCAUCUACUGAAGGAGGCUACAGGCACAAUAAAUGUGUCAAGUGAGUUGCCAUGGGUGAAGUUCAACGUCAACAUGACUGGCUACUAUAUAGUUGACUAUGGUGCUGACGGCUGGGAUGCCCUUAUAGAGCAGCUUCACAGGGAUUACACAGUUCUACAUUCCAGUGACCGAGCCAAUCUGAUCCAUGACAUAUUCAUGCUUGCCGGUGUGGGGAAGGUCCCUCUGUCAAAGGCCUUUGAACUACUUGGGUACCUUGUGAAUGAAACAGACAGUGCCCCCAUCACUCAAGCCUUGCACCAGUUUUACCAUAUUCAUGGCAUCUUAUUAAAGCGUGGUUUGGAUGACCUGUCUGACAAAUUAAUGGAACAUGGUUUAGAGCUACUCAAUAAUACUCUUAUCAAACAAACAUGGAUGGAUGAAGGAACACUUGCUGAACGACAGCUGAGAUCCUCUCUACUGGAUUUUGCCUGUUCAAAUGGAUUUCCAAGCUGUUUAGAGAAAGCAACAGAGCUUUUUAAUAGUUGGCGUGUUAAUAAAACAAGAAUUCCCACCGAUGUUAUGAAGGUUGUGUUUAAGGUUGGAGCAAGAACUACAGAAGGCUGGACCCUUCUCCGGAGUACAUAUGAUUCUUCCAUCUAUGAAGCAGAAAAGAGGAAAAUCCUUGAAGCUCUUGCAAGUACAGAUAAUGCCAAAAAUUUACAAUGGCUGAUGCAGGAGAGUCUUGAUGGGGGCUUUAUAAGAUCUCAGGAGCUGCCUGCUGUUAUAGGAUUCAUCUGUAAAAGAUCACCUGGGUAUUUGCUGGCCUGGAACUUCAUCAAGCAGAACUGGGAUUUGAUAACUCAAAAGUUCAUGCCUGGAUCAUUCCCUAUACAGAACAUUGUGGCCAAGACUACACACCAGUUUUCUACUGACGUUCAUCUAAAUGAGGUUAUUGCAUUCUUCAAUUCAACCCAGGAGAAGAGCAGAGAAAUGUGGUGUGUGAAAGAGGCCGUGGAGACAAUCAAGCUGAACAUCGAAUGGAUGAAAAAUAACUUUGAUAGCCUUAAGACCUGGUUGUUGCCCUCACAAUAGAAUGUCUAUGUUCCAGAGAACCUCUUACGUACUGUUGCUCUGUUGCUUUUGCAGAAGCGAGGGUGAAAAUUGCAACAUUGUUUGCACUAUUUGAGUGUUCUUGACAGCUCAGGGCAAAAAAAAAACAAAAAAUUCCUUUUUUGUGUGUGUGUGUGCGAAUGCUGAAGUGAAGAGAAUGUAUUUAUUACAAAGUAUGGUAACCACCACAUUAUUGCCAUAAAGCUCUACAGAGUGUCAAAAUCUCCCUCUGUAUUGCACUUUGUUAAAGAAAAACACUGGGGCUCGUUUAUAAAGACUGGGCAAAUUUGCACCUGGGCAGUAAGCCAUAGCAGCCAAUCGGUGACUGGCUUUUUUCAGCCACCUGCAUUGUUGAACAAUGAAAGCAAACCUUUGAUUGGUCGCUAUGGGCUACUGCCCAGGUGCAAAUUUGCCUAGUGUUUAUAAAUGAGCCCCAUUGUGUUCCAGUAGCUUUUUAAACUAUAAAGUGCUCACGCUGGCAGUUUACCUACGUGGGAGCCGUUAGAAAAAUGUGUGCCACUUACUGACUGUAAAUAGGCUUUGCAGCCACCUCUCUUAUAGAUGAAAUAUGGACAUGGAGCCAUUCUUUAAUAAGGAGGCCUGUGAACUAUCUGUUUAAUUGUGUCUGUUUAAAGCUGCGUCUGUCUCUCCAUAAUCGAGCAUGGGCAUUACACACGUUGAGGUGAAUAGUCUCGGCCUCACACCAGAUCCACUGUCCAUCACUAGAAUUUUUGAAACUAAAAAGUCCAGCACUUAGAGUGCCAAGAAGCCCAAAGCAUGUAGAAGGGGAUUUCUUUCUAGCUAUGUUUACUUCCCUUGAAUAUAUUCUGCUUGGAUCUCCUGUUCCUUUAGCGACUGAUGUCUAAAGAAAUCACCUUCUUCUCAUCUGUGUAUGAGGUUGCCUUUAGGGUGAUAGGUAUAGGGAUACUGUUACUUUCUUCUUUACUGUGGUAGCCUACAAUCAGAGUUGCUUUUUCAGUUGGGGGGCACAUCUAUGACUGACUGUCCUGUUUGAUUUUUUGCAAAAGGAUAUCUGGGGUGCACUAAUACAAUGCAAUUUUAGAGCUUUGAAUGCAUAGGUUUUUAAGAUCACCGUUUAAGAUUUCGGUCUGAUAUAACAACUGCUAUGUCUUGAAAAGAUGUUAAUACGGAUGUACACUUUUGAUGCAAACUCACUUCCGUGCUUGCACAAAAUCUCUUGUAUAAAUAAUAAUAUAAACUUU